AUGAAUAAGCGAUUUAAUAUCGCGGUGGUUAUUCUAGCCCUAUCUUCCUGCGUGGAUAUGGAGGUAAAUACUGGACAAGAACUGGAAACAACUGAAAUUCAAUUAAAUAGAAGUAAAUGGCUUCAGAAGAGCUCCAACUCUAUCAAACGACGAACUCGAUCGGUCGAAAAAAGUAAACUGGACAAUUUGACUAAAAUCAUUGAAAGUUUUGAUAUCGAUCAAUUAGUGACAAUCACCAAACUGAAUCAAUCUGGGCCUUCGAUUUCCAUCUACUACACGGGAGAAAGGCAUAAUAUUAUAGUGAUUUUAUCCAAGAAAUACAACAGCAGAUUGAGCCCAUUCCGAAACAGAAUAUUCAGAUCUGAAGAUCGGGGCCUCAGCUAUGAUGUCAUAAAGCCACCGGAAAGAUGUCGAAAAUUACGAAAGUUAUAUCGAAACCCCCAUAACGGUAGUAAGAUUAUCAUUACUUGUAGCCAUUGCAGAAUCAUUCUUCUUUCGCAUAACUCAGCGAAAACGUUUACCGCAGUGAUAAAAGUACCAUUUAAUCCUGUAAAACUCAUCUUCCACCCUAGUCCUCAGUAUUCAACGUGGCUGCUAGGCUGCGACAGUAGAAGAAAAAAGCUUUACAUAUCUAAGAACUUUGGUUUUUCAUGGAAUUUGAUCGAUACAGGCGUCAAUCGAUACUUUUGGGGUGUACCCAAAGUAGAUAUUGACCCGGCAAUUAUUUAUUACGAAAAAGCCAGUUCAAAAUUGACAUCUAAUAUCUACAAGUAUAUUAUCCGUACAUCGACAAGUAUCCUAUGGCAGACCAGUUUAACAUCUAUUUUAGCUGACAGCCUAAUAGUAAAAGAGAAAUACGUGAUCGCCUUAAAGAAACAUGGAAACAAUGUUAGACUAUAUGUUUCUUACGAUCGUAAAUUAUUCAAUUUAGCCACAUUGCCUAGUGAAAUGUUAUUACAGGGUAUCACGGUUUUAGAUACAAGUGAAGAUGUAAUUACAUUAGCUGGCCAUCAUAGUCUAUAUAAGAGUACCCAUCUGUAUAUAUCUAAUCGAGAAGGGACGCAUUUUCACUUAUCGUUAUCCAAUUUAAAUGUUAAAAUUAGAUCUGUUAAUAACCAUCGUAUCGCCUUCUACAAAGUUCAUAGCCAGGGCGGAACCUACUUUGCUAACCAAAAUGGAGAGAAUGGUAUUGUAACCAAAAUUACUUUCAAUAAAGGAGUAACUUGGCAAUUGAUUAAUCCGCCACAAAAUUCUUUUAAUGGUCAUUGCCAAGAUUGCCAAUUACCAAACUGUUCCUUACAUAUCCAACUAAAACGAACAUCAAAGCUGUUGAUCAUUCGAGAUAUUAUUACUAGUGCUACAGUACCAGGUUUAAUCUUAGCAGCCGGAAACUGCGGGAAAUCACUAAAUUCACUCGAGCAAGUUCUAGUCAUCUCCCAAGAUGGUGGUCAUACAUGGAAGAUUUCAUCUGAUUAUCAUUAUUCCUACGCACUAUUAGAUUAUGGCUCAGUCAUUGCAACAAGCAAGUCAUCGUUAGCUUACAAUCGAAAUGGAAUUAGUAUCCUCUACAGUUGUAAUAAUGGAAACCAAUGGCAUCGUCUAAACAUUAAGAAUGUUACUAGUGUAGCAACAUUUGUAGUAGAUAAUCCAGACUAUCAAUCGCUUGUUUUGAACAUGUUAAGUUGCAAUUUUAGUCAACAUUCUAUCUGGUCCGCUAUAACGUUGGAUUUUUCUAAAAUUAUGCGACGAUAUUGUAAUACCAACGAUUAUUAUACCUGGAAAUCGGGAAGUUAUACGCGAAGUAAUCAGCAUCAUUGCAUCCUUGGUCAAGUAAAAAGCUAUCGAUUGCGUAAAAAUACUUCUUGCUGUAUCCAUCGUGCAGGAUAUCAAGGAUUAUUAUCGACAACAGCAUGUUCUUGUACACAAGAUGAUUUCACGUGCAAUUUUGGUUUUCGAAGAAUAAAUAGCAAUAACAGUCAAAAUAACUAUACUUGUAGCGUAUAUCCGACAUCAUUCAAUAACAAUAUUAAGUGUAACCAAACUUUGCCAUCAAUCCAGCUCUAUCGAAAAUUACCUGCUGAUCAAUGCAAGAAAGGUAUCGAGAAGAAAUUACUACAAGUUAAGUACUAUCGAUGUGAGCAACCUAACGAUCAGAUUAAUAUAAGCCAUUUAAAAAUAGCCACAUCAUCCGAAUCAAGUACAUCGACAUCAAUUAAUAUUAGCAGUACCUAUAGAAUAAUAUCGAAUAAAAAUCUAGCUUUAAUAUUGGUUGAGGUGGUCGUGUCUGAUAAAUAUAUUACUGAAAAUUGCGGUAUAUUAGAUCGACUAUCGCCUGGCGAUAUUAUCUUAGCUGAUAGAGGAUUUAAUAUAGCAGAAAGCAUAAGCUCAAAAGGAGCAGUACUAAUAACUUCAAACUCAGCGAAAGGUAAUAAUCAAUUACCCGCAUUCGAUAUUGAACGAGCAAGGAAGAUAGCCCAUAUUACAAUUCAAGUCGAAAGAAUCAUUGGUCUCAUCCGUAAUAAAUAUAAGAUACUGCAAGAUGUUUUGCCAUUAACUUAUUUUCGAGUUCAUAAUGAUAUAGCAAGCAUCGACAAAAUAGUUACAUUUAUGAAGGAAUAUGAUGACUCUGUUAAUUUACCUAGUUAA